GAAGCAGAUGAGCGGCGUGACGUCAUUACGUCGUGUCUAACUUCCUGUGCACGUUGGGUCCGCUAGCUGUUCGUUUAAAGAAGGCCAAAUAGGAACAUUUCAAUUUAAAGGCAUCAUGGCUGCGACGAUGCGUUUACUGUACUCCGUGUCAAGGCCAGGCACUUUUGUGGGCAGCCAGACUCUAGUGAGGACCUUCAGUGUGUCUCCACAAAGGGAUGGAUUCAAAUAUGUGAACGCCCAGGAGAUCCCUACAGAUAUGAAGUCCAUCACAGACCGAGCUGCACAGACGCUGCUGUGGACGGAGCUCUUCAGAGGUCUGGGCAUGACGAUGAGCUACCUCUUCAGAGAGCCGGCUACCAUCAACUACCCGUUUGAGAAGGGACCGCUGUCGCCUCGCUUCAGAGGAGAACACGCCCUGCGCAGGUACCCUUCAGGAGAGGAGCGCUGCAUCGCCUGCAAGCUGUGUGAAGCUAUCUGCCCUGCCCAGGCCAUCACCAUCGAGGCAGAGACUCGCGCUGACGGCAGCAGGAGGACGACUCGCUACGACAUCGACAUGACCAAAUGCAUCUACUGUGGUUUCUGUCAGGAGGCCUGUCCGGUGGACGCCAUCGUUGAGGGUCCUAACUUCGAGUUUUCCACUGAAACCCAUGAAGAACUGCUCUACAACAAGGAGAAGCUUCUCAACAACGGAGACAAGUGGGAAGCAGAGAUAGCCGCCAACAUACAAGCUGAUUAUCUCUAUCGAUAGACGCCCCGCACACAACGUCACUCAGUGUAUAGUUAGCGUACAUGAUCUCUGAUACAAACAAAUGUCCAUUCUGUACAUACUUUGAGAGGAUAUGUAUUCUUUAUUUGAAAGAAACCUGGAUCAACACAAUCCUUCCGUUGCAUCCCGUUCUGAUCUAAUGAAUAAACUCCACUGUUUCUGACUUGUCAUUGUUUCUAUACAUAUUUAAAGCAGAAUGACAUCCUCCAUUUACUGUGGUGUCCAUACAAAUGUACAUGGAUUAUUGCUUAUGUUGGGUGGCAGUGCACAGUUUUAUGGUUUUCAUGCUGUUUCAACCCUGAUGCAAAUAAUAAAAUUCUGGGAGAAAUAUUAA